AUGGAUCGCGCCACGACCUCCCCUGCCGAGGCAGACGCCCUUCUUACCGCCGCAGCGAAAGCCGAGCUCGCCCAUGAUUACGACAAUGCUUUCGCGCAGUACAUCAAGGCAGCAUCAUCACACCUCACUUUGAGCCGCUUGAGUUCCGGUGAGGGCUCUGAACGACAUAAAGCGGCCGCUGCUCGCGCUGUUGAGCGUGCGGAGAAGAUCAAGGCUGCCAAAGGAUCAACGAUCGCACCAGUGUUGCGAGAUCCGUUUGCACCAGAGGAGCAAGAUCGGAUUUUACGGGCCGGGUCAGUCGUGAACCGCCUGCGUCUGCCACCCACAUCUGGUCGCAUGGUAGAAAGCGACGGCGCCACAAGAGACCGGCAACCCGAACUCUCGCCAGAACAACUUGCAGCAGGCGUUGAAUGGCGACAACCAGACGAAUCCUGGGUUGAUCCGACAUCACUGGAAGGCGAAGAGAUUGCCCAGCGUAUAGCUGAUUGCUCUUUACACGCUUCCGUCGUCGUCGCUCUAGCUUACAGUCGCCGCUUCAACACCGAUGCAUCUAUCCCGCGGUUACGCGCCCGAGAUGGAGGAUAUGACCUUGACGUGUAUCUCAAUGGUUGCCACAGACGAAUAUCGAUCGACUUGCGACUCCCAUAUGACCGGGACGGGAAGUUGAUGUGCAUGGCUUCGAAGAGUACGGCAAACCUAUGGCCCGCUCUGUUGGAGAAAGCCUACCUGAAGCUUUUCGGCGGGUAUGACUUCCCAGGCUCCAACUCGGGCGUCGACCUCCAUGCUCUUCUGGGAUGGAUACCGGAGCAUAAACGUCUCAAGAGCACCCACUGUCGACCCGAGCGUCUAUGGCAUAGAUACGCCAACGCUUUUCACGAUGGACAUGCUGUUAUCACGCUGGGAACCGAUGACCGACCGACGUCGUGGCGGGGUGUGCAGCUUUUACCCGCCCAUAGCUACGCGGUCAUCGAUGCCAGCCUAGCCGACGAUGAUGAUCGCACCAUGACUAUACUUGACUUCAAAGCGGCAGAAGAUGUCAGUUCCCAGAUGUCUGAACUUUCCUUGAAUAACAAGCAGCCAACCAGACACCUGCGAAUGCCCUUCGAAGAUAUUAUGCACACUUUUGACAGCAUUUUCGUGAGCCAUAACCCUUGCCGAUUCUCCCAUCAUAUCUGCUUUCACGGGGCAUGGCGUGGCCGGCAUCUUUCUGAGGCAGAAAGAGACGAAUCGUCUCAUCAAGUCUUCUAUGUUAACGUCGACGGCCUUCCAAUAAGCGCGAAUGACACGGACUCCGACGAGCGGGUUCAUAUUCUGCUUACUAGGCACAUCUCCAAGACGAGGUUGUCGUCCCAGUAUAUCUCGUUAAAGGUCGACGAGGAGGAUGCUCUUCCUGAACCUAUAGCUAUGAAGCGCUCUGACAGAACGCGUGUCAAGGGAACCUUCACGGAUAACCCAUAUGUACUACGUCGAUACAAACAUACCUCGGGCUCUGGUAUGCUGCUCAGUGUCACAGCGUCAUACGACGGCCAAGAGCUUGACGUGGGGUACACUAUCGAUGUGUUCUCGGUCGCUCCCGUACGCUGGGAUACCGCACAACGCACUCUUCCCUUUCAAACCACAGUGUCCGGAGCCUUGACAGCCAAGUCUGCAGGAGGCAAUCAUAAUCUCCCGACCUACAUGUACAAUCCUCAAUACAAGCUGACCGUUUCACGCCCUCGGUUUGGAGAGAAAGUCCGCGUCGCUAUGAUAGCCACGUCAGGGCGUGCCCUACCCGUGAAUGUAGUGAUAGCGUGGGGUAAAGGAGAGCGAGUCGUUGAUCUCUCUCGAACCACGGCUUUAGCAACGUCAGGUGCCUAUAGCUAUUCAUACGCUCGCACAUCAGCAGCGCUUGCGCCCGGGAUGUACACGGUGAUCGUAUCGGCCUUCGAAACAACUCAUAUCGGCGCCUUCUCUCUGAAGAUCGAGAGUGAUGCCCAUACAGCCCUGGACGCCAUACCUCCCGAAGGCGUAGGCAUGUUCCAGAAGGUGGUCCGCGGAGAAUGGACUUCUGAGAACCAAGCCCCAAGAUAUAUGCUCACACUCAGUGAGCCCAUGCGGGUAAUGAUACGAUUGCAGAUGCAGGGGUACUCGCCAUCGACAUCGGUCCGGUUCGCACUCGCAGGCCCGCAGCAUUUCACGUUUGCUUCGGAGCUCACGGAUUCGCCUGCUGGAGCAUCUAUGCCACGGACACUGCUUCGUGAAGGAAGAUAUCUCUUAGCACCCAGGACUGGGGUGGAACUAGCUGCUGCGGCAAUCUCAACUACUUGA